UAUAUAUAUGUGUGUGUGAGAGUUCACAAAAUCACAAGCUUGUGUGGAAAUUAAAAAAGGCAUUAGUUGAAUAGGAAAUUAAGAAUGGCUGGAGAAUCAGCGGAAAAGAAACUGUAUGAUGCUGCAACAAUUGGGGAUGUAGCAACGUUCCAACAACUGCUCCAAGAAAACCCACAUCUUCUUGAUGUAGUUUCAUUUCCAUGUCUCAGAAAUGUAUUACACAUAGCAAUAAAGCAGGGACAAGAAAGCAUCAUGGAAGAGGUGUUGCAGAUCAACCAAGAGCUAGCUCGAGAUCUGGACUCCAAGAAUUCUUCAUCUCUUCACCUUGCAGCUGCGAAAGGGAACGUCGGAAUUGCCAAAAGAUUGUUAGCAAUAGCCCCAGAGAUGUGCUGGUGGAGAGACUGCCAUGAUAUGAACCCAAUUCAUGUUGCAGCCAUAAAAGGGCAUGAUGAGGUGUUGAAGGAGCUGCUUCAAAUGGAUUUAUUUCCUGCUAUGGAGAGACAUCGCGGCCAGACCGUGCUGCACUUGUGCGUGAAACAUCGUCAGCUUACCACAUUGAAGGUUUUGGCGGAGAAGUUGGGAGACCUUGUGAAUGCAAAGGAUGAUGAUGGGGAGACGCUCUUGCAUUUGGCUGUGAGGUCCAAUCAAGAUCAGGUUGUACGGUACUUGGUGGAAAGUAAUAAAAUGAAGAAGUUAUCUAUGAAUUCCAUGGGCAAAACAGCACUUGAUAUCUUAAAUGAGAGCUUUCGAGACACAGCUACAUAUUCAGAAAUUAAAGAAUUCUUGAGAAGUUUAUCUGAUCAGUCAAUGCUCGAAGUCUUCCCCAAGUUGACCGACGUCACAAUGGUGGUGGUGGUCCUGAUUGUUGAAAAUACUCAAUAA